UGUUUCACUGCCCAAUAUACAAAGUAAGUUUGCAUUAUGAAUAAAGCAUUGAAUUAAAUCUAAAUGUAUUUAAUUUCACCGAAGGUUCCACUGAAUCCUCUCGUCUUCAUUGUAAUUACAAUAAGCUAUAUAUAGCUUAAAAUGACUGUAAUUGGAGACGUUCACAGGUAAUACGAUGCUCUUAAAAUCAAUGGUGCUAGGGUAUUUGUGAAAAACGGGUGUUUUCACCAACGCAAAUACAUUUGGCUCCUUCAGUGAUGGAUCAUGGUGAAUUUCACUAAGCCAGUAUGAGUGCUCAAGCGGAUCUUUGCGCCGACUGUAGUACGUCAUCCCCAAAAUGGGCGUCUGUCAAUAGAGGUGUACUGUUAUGUGAUGAAUGUAGUUCCAUUCACCGACAGCUAGGAAGACAUAUAAGCCAGGUUAAACAUCUUGAGAAAUCACGCUGGAGGCCAUCACAACUUUCUAUGGUACGCUAUUUGGCGUCUGCUGGUGCGAAUGGGUAUUGGGAACAUGUAUUGUACGAACCUAUGCUUUCUGGAUUAAAUUCAGAUAAUCGAUCCAGCAAAGCAUUUCAUCCUCACAAAAAACCUUUACCUACUGAUCCAGUGCAUCCAACCAAAGCUGAUUUUAUACGAGAAAAGUAUUUGUUUUUGGGAUUUUUUAAGAAACCACGAAACGUUAACCAUGAUGAUUUAAACCAGCAACUCCAUGCCAGUGUAAGGACAGGAGUUUUAGAGACCAGUCUGUAUUUACUUGCUUUGGGUGCAAAUCCAAAUUUUCUUCAUCCAAUCAAAGGCACAGCACCUAUUCAUGUUGCAUGUCAAUAUGGUCAAAUUGGUCAGGUAGAAUUGCUGUUAGCUUAUGGGGCAGAUGUUUGUAUUCGUAAUUCAUCUGGAAAAACUGUAAUUGAUUUAGCAUUAGACAAAGCAUUAACCUUAAAUGAAUCGAUUAGUUCUAAAGAAAAGAUAGUAACAAUGUCAAGUGAAGAGAGGUUACAAUCUGCUUGGUCUUCUAUGGUUGAUGUAUUAGUUUCAGCGUAUUAUGAUUUGACAGAUAGUUUAGCUUAUUUUCUUACACGUCACGUACCUGAUCAUAAAGCAGCUGUUUUUGGUGGGACCCAUAAAAAUAUAAAUCAUAGUAAUGAACUGUCAGUGAAUAAUAAUAAUAACAGUGAAAUAAUAACAAAUGGUCAUUUCUUAAUUUCAACUUCAUUAAUACAUGAAUCGAAUGGUGCAUCAUCGGCACCAAAAUCGACAGAUGUAAAAUUGACUAAUUCUACUGGACAAACUAUUACUACUACUGCUACCUCAAAUGUUGAACAAGCAGACGAUCAAGAAAAUUGGAUCAUCAAAGCUAGAGGAAGAUUAAGUAAUCUACCUAAUAAUGCAUUUAUCGACUUAUGUAUUGAUGUAUAUGAUGAAGCAGAUCGUCGUUUAACAAAUUCAUUUCUUGAAAAUUUGGAUACAUUUACUAAUCCGAAACAUUUAAACAACUAUUCAAUAUUCAAUGGUUCUAAUGUUAGCCACAAUGACAACAAUACCACCAGCACAAAGAAUGAACUGCAUGCUAGUAUAGUUAAAGAGACCAGACCUACUAUACAAUCUGGCCCUAGUCCAUCUUUACAUAAGACAACAACAUUACGUCAAACAUCUGCAAUUACUAACUUAACUCUAUUUUUUCUACCUCCAAAUACAACUUAUUCAUCAGUACGUAAUCAAGCACGUCAAAAAUUAGGUCGAUUAUCUACCAUUGAAUUUCAUACUUUAACAUUAGAUGUUCUCACUGAAGCGUCGAUACGUUUAUUGCCAUUAUUUUUACCAUUGACUAAGGUAAUAAAUCCGACUACUACAACUGUUACUGCUCCAGCUACAACGACUGUUGAAGUGUCUUUCAAAAAAUCACGAAAAACACAACAUUCAUAUACAGACUAUCUUAAUACAGAUAAACGACAACAAUUAAAUGAAUUUAUUGUUUCACGUCGUAAUGGUCCUUUACCAUCUUUACCAUCACCUAAAACAAAAGAUAAUCAUAUAGAUGAUGUUGAACGUUUACAUAGUACUAAUAAUAGUGAUGGUAGUAGUAGUCCGUGCGAUAAUUUAGAUAAGCAAUUAACUAAUGGAUGUAAUGAUAUUUUACAAGAAACAUUGAUUUCGGAGAAUUCGCCAGAUCAUGAACAUUUACGAUUAGAAUUGUCAUCAUCACCACCGCCGAUGAAUGUAAACAGUGAAAUCUUAUUGAAGAAAUUCGGUCGUUCUCGUGAUGACCCUGUAUAUGAUCAGGUGGCUGGUGAAGGGGAUUUAAAUGAGAACACUUUGUCCAACAUACAAACAGUUACAUCUGAUCAUAAUAUACUUUCUAUGGAUAUUGAAGAAAGUAGUUUAAAUAAUCAACAAAAUAUAACGGAAGGUUCACUAUUUAACCAUAGUAAUGCUUCAUUAACAGCUCCGUUAUCACCAUCUACUGGAAGAGAGUCUGGUCAUCAUACCCAACAAACAAGUGAUGGCAAUGAUGAAUCAGAUUCAAUUGGAUCAAUACCUCCAAUUACAAGCCGUCCAGGUCCAUUGCCUGGAUCACGUCGGCUUCAUUUAUCACAUACUGGUCGUAUAGCUCAGCAUAGAGCUAGUGUACCAACGACUAGUAAUAUAACUACUAAUUCCGAUGUUAUUGGUUGUGAUAGUAAUCCUCUUUCUCUAUCAGAGUCAACAAGCAGUAUCGUGAAAUCAUCUGAUUCACCAAAAAAUCUCACACAACAUUCGUUAAUUAAUUCUUUCAAUGCGGAAAAUUCUAAUGAUAUUCAAGAACGUUCACUUCAGUCUCAUACACAUCAUCGUCAUCCGGAAUCUUGUUGUGUAGCUGCUCGUAAUGAAGUGGAACGUUUACACAAAGAGAAUAAUGAAUUAAAAGUACAAUUGUCUGACUUACAAAAUAGCAAAGAUAUUGUGGAACAACGUUUAGAAGAUUUGGAAGGACGUAUAAUUCAACUAGAUUCUAUUGUUCAAGUUUUAAAAGAGGAAAAAUCUGCCUUAUUAGCGGCUUUUUCAGCUGGAAUGGUUAUGGUUCAUAAUCCAUUGAAAAUCAGCUGUGAAUCAGAGAGUCAACAAACGACCAGUGAUACAACAACCACAACAACGACAGCAACAUCAGUUGGAGUGUACUCAUCCAAGUUGAAAACUAUCAAAGGUAGUGAAACACCUUUAACACGUUAUCAAUGGGAUUAUGAAAAAGACGAAGAAGAUGGAAAUAGAGUAUAUGGUGAAGAAAUAACGGAUAAUGGUGAGGAACAUGAGGAUGAUGAAGUUGGUGAAGUGGAUGCUGAACAAUAUAAAGAUGAUGACUCUGAAUAUGAUAUGGAACGAGUUAUUGUCGCUGGUGGCAGUAGUGAUAAGUCUAGUAAUGCAGGCAAUUAUGCAAUGGGUUCACACUGUCUAGAUUCUGGUGUACUUCUUAGACAAGGUAUUAUUCUACGUGGAAGUAGAGGUGGUUCACCAGCAUCGGUAACUACUGGUGUUGGUAGUGGUGUAACGCAUCAAACAGGUUUCGGUCAUUCGCAUCCUUCUAUUUCUCAGUCGAAUAUUAUUACGCCAUCAUAUCGUGGUCUUGUAAAAAAUAAUAAUAUACCUAGUAGAAAUAAUGAAGAACUAAAGAAAUCAUUUGUGUUCACCUCAACCAGUCAAAAUAUCUCAUCUGCACCACAAAAUAUUCCAACUUAUAUUAAUACUCCACAUGUUAUUCAACACCCUUUGUCCAAAUCAAAACCAGCCUUAGUGUCGGGUACUUCAAUCACACUUGCUGAUGCUUUAAAUCCUGAUAUACCAGAUGAUUAUACUGCACCUAACGCUACUGGUUCCCCUUCUCCAGCACCAAUACCGAUCAGCCAAAAUCUAGCGAAUCAGUUGUGUAGUCAUGUUACGACAAUCAGUCCAAAUAUGAAUAUUCCUAGUAGUCAUCAUCAUCGUCAUCAUCAUCACCAGGGAAAAUCAUCACGUCUACUGAAUUCACAUUUGAACAAGCCAACAAUUAUUGAUAGUAAAAAGCAGUUACAUCAUUCAGAAGUUUUAGUAUCUAUAAGUAAAUCUUCUCCAGACUACGAUAAUGCUUCUCGUUCAUCCUCAUUAAUACACUCAUCCAAUGAGUCGUUUUACCAAAUCGGUAAACAUUUUAGACCAGGCGGUGGUAGUGGUGCUGCUGUCGGGGUUAGCGGAGAUCAAGUUUGGAAAGCUCCAAGUUCUGAACGAGUUGUCCGAUGCGUUGAAACAAUUAUUAUGCGUAUUCGAAGUUUGGUAGAGAUUGCUAAUGGUGAUCGUCAUGAUAACGAUAGUGCUCAUUGUUCUCGUUUAAUUCAGUUGGCUGUCAAAGAUUUAUUAAAUUUAUUCCCUUCUGAUGAAUCUCAUCCUGUGGAAGUGAAAAGUGCAUUAAAUAAUCUUGCCACAGAAUCCGAAAAUUUACGACUCGAUUGUGAACAAAUCACCACUUCGUCUUCCUUUACACCUCCUUCCUCUUCCAGUAUUGUUGGAUCUGUCAAUCAAAGUGGUCGACCAGUUCCACCGGAGAUCACUAUUCUAAUACGUCAUGCUCAUCAAAUUGCUAGAGCUGCAAAAGAUUUACUUUCGCUUUUUCAACGAUCUGAUCAAUGAAUCGUCAUUAUGUCAGAAUGAGACUAUUAGUGUUCUAACUGAGUUUAUUUUCUACAUGAUCAUAAUAUCAAAAAAGAGAAAUAAAAAGAAAAUGAAACAAAAGAAAUAAUCUUUGAAAUUAUAUGCGCGCCAGUCUUGUGACUAAACAUUUCAGCAAUUCUGAUUAUGUUUAAUAUUAUCUAGUCAUCAUUUCUUUUAUAUUUUCUUGACGUCAUUUCUAUAAAUUAACUAUUAAACUUGUAUGAUUUAUUUACUUUUAUCAUUUUCUCUUUUUGUUGUUGAGUUCUUUCAUCGAAAUUGUAAUUUGUUUACUUCAAUCUUUUCAUGUUUUUUGGGGUUUUUUAAUGGGAUAGGACCGAUCUUAUUUUGUUUUAUUUAUUUAUUUAUUUUUAAAUGAACUUUUUGCAUAAUUUUUACUUCAUGAGUACUGUGCUCUUUUUAUCGAUGGAUGUUUGACCAGUUUGUGUGAUUUUACUAUCAGCUUGAUUUCUUAAUGUGUGUGUAUGUGACAGAUAUAAAUCUAUGUUUCUUCUUGCUCAUUUUCAUGAAUUAGGGAUAAAAGCUGUAGUUUUUCGUGGAGGGGUAGUAAUAAUGAUGAUGAAAAAGUUGUCCCACUGAAAUAUGUUGAUAUUAUUUUUCUUUAUCCUCAUCAUUUGUGUAGAUAUGUUAAAGCAAUACAUGUUAAGAUGUGUUCUGGAUUUAACUCUGUCAUACUGUACUACUUUAAACUGUGACAACUCUGUUGAAUAUACAUUGAUGGUGAUGAUUUACUUAAAUGUCUUGUAGUUUUUUUAUGUAUUGAUGAAGAUGAAAUGAUAAGGUUAGAAUAUGCAUAAGUGUUAGUACUAUCCGGGUGAAUUUUUUAACAAGAUGGUAUUUUAUGUCAAUAAGAAUUUUCCAUUGUAAACUGGAGCUUAUAAGAAAUGUAAUACGUUUUAUUUAUAAGUGACUUUACAGCAUUCGCCUAAUAGGAAUCACAAAAUGAGUAACGAUAGGUAGGUAGGUAGGAAAGGUUACUAAUUCAUAAUUAAUUUAGGGAUUAGGAUAAGUGGGCAUUAAGCCAAGCUGUUUCAUUACAUCAUCACCGUGACAGAAAGUUAAUACAAUAAGUUGGAACUGUGUUAGUAUCGGUGCUACUCAGAAAGAUAAAAUACGGAAUAUUUUUUAUUAUAUGGAAGGGUUGUAAUAAGGGAAUAAAACGUAUGAGAUAAUAUUAAAUCUUAAGAUUUGGGGGAAUAUAGCGAUGAUUGUUUCUGCGUCGUUGAGAUUGAUUUUGAGUUAAUGUCUCCAACCACUGAUCGCGGUCAUUCAUUGUUGUCCUGACUUUACCUUUCUCCCGGAAUUCUCUCUUUUGUUGGGAUCCUUUUUCUUCAGCUGUACCAGUCGAUAUUCUUUUCAGGUUUUUAUUCCUUUGUUGAGUAAAUUAAUGAAGUCUAUUCCUAAAUUUUAGUCAAUUUAUAAUAAUAAUAUAUUCUGAAAA